AUGAACCCGCUACGCCACACCUUCAUCUCCCAAUGCCGCUCCUCCACCUCUGCUCCCAACCCACAGGAAAAGCUACGAUACCUAGACAUUGGCUGUGGCGGCGGCAUCUUCGCUGAAUCUGCCGCGCGCCUCCCCACGACUACAUCUGUCACAGCCAUCGACCCCACGCCGCAGGUCCUGUCCAUUGCCGAAGCACACAAAAGGCGAGAUCCCACCUUGACCUCGCCGGGAAAACUCACGUACUUGAAUACAUCGAUCGAACAACUGCCACAGCCUGCCUCGCCCUCCGAAGCCUUCGACGUCGUGACGCUGUUCGAAGUCAUCGAGCACGUCAAUGCGCCCGGCCCGUUUCUCGAACACGUUUUACCACAUGUGAAACCUGGUGGUUGGCUGAUUAUGAGCACGAUUGCGAGGACGUGGACGAGCUGGGUUGUUACGAAUGUCGUGGCCGAGGAUGUGUUGGGGAUUGUGCCCAAGGGGACACAUGAGUGGAGCAAGUAUGUCAACGAGGAAGAGUUGAGAGCUUGGUUUGGGAAGCAGCCUGGUUGGGGGAGCGUCAAGGUCAUGGGUACGGUUUACGUGCCCGGGUUGGGGUGGAAGGAGGUGGCAGGGAGCGAGGGGUGGGGUAACUACUUUUUUGGCGUCAGGAGAGAAAGCUGA